UGUGUUUCCAUAGGUAACACUUUAAUUCCAAUACAAUGUAUUCCGUUUAUGUUCUGUAUUCAGUAAAUCAAUGUGUUUGUGUGGAGCUAGACCAGAUAGAACAGGUUUUAAUCCACUUGAUACAGAAAGUUUCUUUAGAGCAGCUUACUUGGAAAAUCCAUGACAUAUGUGUUUAUUAAUAGCUUAUCAGUGAACGACAAAUUGGCGGUCUGGGUGCAUCGGUGUGCAACUUGCUUCCUGGUUUGAAAUGUUCAUCUGUAGUUGAGAUUGUAGAUUAAGGAUUCUUACGAUUGUAGCAACUGGUGACGCGGGACACCAAUAUGGCGUCAUCCGGGAAAGAAGACGGAAGCAAACUGACAAUAGUACAGCAGAUAAAGGCCAGAAGUACACGAUCGUCCACCAGUAUUACUUGAAUGACUGCUCCGGGGUUCAAAUUGGAAAUCGGAAUCAGCAGGUUGGCGUAUUUGACGAUGGCGUUCAGCUGCUAGAGAAACCACUCGAGGCAGACACUCACGGAUUCACAACUGAUCAGGUAGUUGUGGCAAUGUUGAAUAGCAUCCUCAACCCAACCCAUAGUGCAGAUGCACCGCCGGUUGGUCUGCAAAAGCUGGAAGACUCCUUUAAUAAACUUUAUGGAAAUGUUGGACGUAAACGGAGAUUCAAGGAAAUCGCAGGUUUGAAUUUACUGCCAUUCCUGAAACUUAAACCUGAGAAGUUCAUUCUAACUUUGAAAGAAUCGAAUUGGUUCGUACAGUCGGUCCCUCUCACCGUCAACACCAAAGUGAUUAAAGGACAACAACAAUCAAGUGUGUCUGAAAAUGAAGGAGAAGAAACUAUUCAACAGAGAAGCACAAAGACACUCGAACCAGCUGCGUCUUCGGUACCUAGCUCUGAUGACACAAGUGAAGAGAAAACAGAUGAUGAUUGGACAGUUGUUGAGAGGAAGAAGGGAAAGGGAAGUAAGGCAAAACGUGUACCUUCUGAAACCAAAAGGAAACCUGGAAAUAAAAUAGGAUCACAAAGAAAAUCAUAUGCAAGUAUUCUGGCAGGUCCACCUAAACAAGGAAGCAAGAGAACAGAAAGGGUUUCAGUGAAACCAAUUGAAACUAAAGGUCAUGAAAUGCUCGUACCCUCUUCUCCAUUUGUACAAUCAGUAGACACACAGCAGGUAGAGCAUACACAGUCAGCUUUUGAAUCAUUCAUGAAAGUGGUAGACAAUUUCAAAAAAGGUCACUUUGUUCUGAUGACAGGGGAUCUGCCUGGCGACGCUCUUUCUAAAUCAGCUGAAGUUCUUACAGCAAUCCCAUGGAUAUUGGUAUUUGACUUGGAUGAAAACAGUCGAGAUCAAGGUCUACUUGGAAGGGUAGAGGAACCGCUUAAAACUGCACGAUCCUUGCAUAUCUGCAGCUGGAAAGAACAUGUGAGGAUAUCUGAAAUGGCAGCAACUUGGUAUUUUGUUCGCGGUUACCGAGAAAUUCCAGAAACAAGAUUUGAAAAGGGAUACCGGGAUUGGUUCAAACAAGUGAAUUCUUAUGUUACAACUCUUGCUGAAGACAUAUCCAGUUUUGUCCAAGACACAACAGUCCUGAAGGUUGUAGUGAUUUGGAAUGAGAACAUUUCUAAGUACCUUGACUACAUUGUUUGCAAGUUAGAUGAAAACAUACAACAUGGUAUACAAAUCAUCGUCUGCAGAGAUGGUUGUUUAAGCGACUCGAGAUCCCAAAAUGAUUUUAUACACAUGUGUGGUCAAGUUGAAGAAAACUUAACUGUUAUCAAUAUAUCAGCACUGAAUCUCUUUCUUGGUAUAUUUGAUCAUAUUCACAAAAGUGCCAGUUCAAAGAGAAACUAUGACUUGUUGAAAAUACCAACUGCAAAUGAUAGUGGAAGUACAGUUGACAAGCAAGGGUUUGCAUGGCUACAUGAAUACAUAGACGUAAUCUACUUGAAGAUUCUCGAGGACUCUUCAUCAGACGUUGAAGUCAUUGAGGAAGAAGCGCAUGUUUUCUUUAAAGGUGGAACACUUAAAUGGGCCACCAGGUUUCUUUGUGGGUCAGAAUACUUGGAUGUUGAAAGAGAUGCAAUGGAUCAAAUCGUUGAGAAAAUCAAAAGCUUGGUCCUGUCAUUUAAAUCUGGACUCUAUACUCUUCAUCAUGCACCUGGAUCAGGUGGAUCGACUUUGGCACAACGUGUUCUAUGGGAAUUACGGGAUAUAUCACCUUGUGUACAAAUACACUUCCACUUGGGUGCAUCUGUUGGGGACAUAGUAAGCCGCCUUGAGUAUCUGUACGAAAGAACACACCUACCUAUCAUCGCACUGAUUGAUGGCGAGGAUGAGCACAACGUACGCUAUCUGAGGCAAAGUGUUCGGCAGAUUUGUCUGGUUGUGCUCUAUGUGAAGAGAUAUCCAUACAGCAUGUCUGAAAAACCAAAUACAUCUAUGGAUUUCUGGCUUCAGGGACAUGUCAGCAAAAGAGAAGCAAGAAAUCUUGCCACAAAAUUUGGAAGUUUUUGCAAAGAUGAACAGAAAGUUGAUGCACUUAAAUCACUAAGCAAGGAUGUGAAGAAAGGGUUUGAGCAUCAGUUAUACGAGUUUGGACUCACUGCAUAUCUGCAUGAGUUUAAUGGCAUUCGGUCCUAUGUGGAUGGAUAUCUCCGUUUGGACAAGAACACCUCAAACGAACUUCUUCCAUGGCAAAAAUUGUUGGGGUACAUUUCCCUUGUCUAUUACUAUGGACAAACCUCAAUUCCAUGCCAGUUCUUUUCUCGUAUGCUUGGAAAGCCAGCCAACUAUGUUGUGUCUAUUGACGAUUUUCCAUUUGAAGUAAGACAGUUCGUUGUCAUUGAUGCGACGAAAGGCAAAUCAAAUGGGAUGAGGGCAUGCCACUUCAUCAUUGCAAAAGAGAUAUUAGAGCAACUGCUUACAAGGGGACAUGCCAGCAGAAGCGAUCGGAGUGAGUCACUUUCCCCAAAGGCAUGUAACAAUUUGCGCUGGUUGGCAGUCUCCUUCAUUGAUGAUGCAAGCCUAAAAAAAGGGAAAUCAGCUGCAUCCCCGCAGGCAGUAAUGAAUAUGCUUGUGCAAACCUUUAUCUCCCGAGACAGCAAAGGCAUGGGGGAAAGUGAAACGCAGUCCAAGAAACGUCCUCCAUUGGCAAAAUUGCUGGUGGACAUGACAUCUAAACCGCCAUACACGGAACGACUUCAGGUGUUGCAAAAGCUGUGCAAAGCAUUUCCCAACGAACCAAAUUUCCAUGCACACUUGGGACGAUUUUAUGCUAUGUUUAGGUCAAAUGAAGAGGAUGAAGCAAUAUGUGCCUUCGAAACAGCUUUGAAACUUUGUGAGAAAAAAAUGGAAGGAAAAAUCCCAGAAGAACAAAAUGAAAGAUUGACAAUUACACUUUCCCAAAUUUAUCACAUGUAUGGCAUGAUAUAUGUACAGAAGGUAAACAGAUUCAAAAGCAAGCAUUCUUCAAGCAUGAGCUUUGAUGAGAUUGCUUCAGAUAUAUUGCAACUAGCAGAGUUAGCUUGUAAUCUGUUUGUCAAAUGCAGAGAGGCAAAGCCACCUGGGCAUGAAGAUAGUUUUGGAUAUGUCGGGGAGAUUAAUGUCAGGCUACACAUGUGUGACUUUGUAUGUCAGAAUAGUGGUUACAAAAACAUAGUUGAUUUCAUUGCUGAAGAAAAAGAAUCAGAAAAUGGUUCCCAAAUAGCCAUCUUCAUAGAGAAAAGUGUCACAGCCAUUGAUGACCUAAUCAGAGAAUGUUCGACAGUUGCAGACCCUGCUGACAUUGACAGCUCUUUCAGUAAUGCUGUAACGUGGCAUCAAAAUUUGCUUGGAAAAUAUGGUCAAGGAUUAGAAGCAUUAAACUUACCUGAUACUAUUAGCAGUAAAAGGUUCAAAAUUGCUGCUAAGAAGUUAAAACAUGGUGGACAUGCCCAUUUUGACAGCAUUCGAUGCGAAGCAGAUAUUAAAGAAAUUGUUGCUUCCCUUCAAGAGAUCUUUGAAGAUGCAUUCUACAGAGGCGUGGAAGACAAGAGGACUCUUGAGAUUGAUUUUCAGGAAUGGCUUCAUGUAAUCAGACAUGAGAGCCUUUCUGAGGUCUACAGUCUAGAAACUGUCCUCAGUCAGGUCAGAAAGUGGCAUUCAAUGCUCAGUACCCCUAUGUCAAAGUUUUAUCUCUUUGUUCUCACAAGCAUUAUUGGAUUUGGCUCAGAAAUGGGGAAUGGCAACCCCGAAUGCCUGUCUGAGGCCCAGAAUUUGAAAGAGGAACUGCGGAAAUAUGGACGUUGGGUAACAAGGUCUCGAUAUCCCCGAGAGUGGUUGGGAAACAAUGGAAGAGGAAUCAAAUGUUUGAUUUCCAACAAAAUUUAUGCUGGUAACUCUGAAGGAGAGGUUAUGAAAUUAUCAAAUGCAAGGCGUUCUCUCUGUGUAUGUCGGGGUACUAUCCGUCCGCCAAACAAGAACAAAGUAGCAGGGUUUAUCGAACUUGAUCUGGGCAACAACUAUGUUCCAGUUUCAGUGUUCUUUGUUCCACUGCGUACCAAAUUUGAAGGCCCCAUUAACGCUGGGGUUCGUGUAGAAUUUCAUCUUCGAUUCAGCUUCUUCAAUGGAUAUGAGGCUUUCAAUGUAAAGGCUUUGAAAAAGUAUGAAUGCAUUGUAUGUGGAUCGAAGGUUGAGAUCCUCAGCUGUGAACAAUCACAAAGAUGUGUAAAUGAAAGAUGCCAAAAAGAAAUUUGCAAGAGCGAAGAAUUUUGAUCCAGAAAUUUUAGCUGUCCUGAGGGGGCAAAACUCAGUGAAAGGAACUAUCUGAAGCGGAUGAUUUCCUAAUCAUCAGCUGAUCGUAAUGCACAUGGGUGAUUCCAACAAUGUUACCAUGCAAGCUUAGACGAUUUUGUAUUACUGACAAAUCAGAAAUGUGGAAGUAUUUUUUAUUCAGCCUGUUGAUAUACACAUAAGCAUAAUCAAGCAAACCCCUCUCUUAUGUGAAGUACGAAAAUACUACAUGUUGUUGCAUAUGCUUUGAAAAUCAGGUACUGUAAUGAGAUCCCACUUGUGACCACACAAAACGGAACCCCACACCAGCACUAGCAACCAUCAAUGGGUUAAGUUGCAUGGUGAUAUACACCGUUACGACCUCUCCGUAACGACAACUGCCGUCGGUAACGUGUAGACUGUACCGACUUUCCCCCAUAUACAUAUAUGUUUGACCAUUACUAGAGAUGUACAUACGUUGUAUGUGUGUGUACAUAUGUUUGACCAUUACUUGAGAUGUACUUUUCGUUGUAUGUGUGUGUACAUAUGUUUGACCAUUACUUGAGAUGUACUUUCCGUUGUAUGUGUGUGUACAUAUGUUUGACCAUUACGUGAGAUGUACUUUCCGUUGUAUGUGUGUGUACAUAUGUUUCACCAUUACUUGAGAUGUACUUUUCGUUGUAUGUGUGUGUACAUAUGUUUCACCAUUACGUGAGAUGUACUUUCCGUUGUAUGUGUGUGUACAUAUGUUUCACCAUUACGUGAGAUGUACUUUCCGUUGUAUGUGUGUGUACAUAUGUUUGACCAUUACUUGAGAUGUACUUUCCGUUGUAUGUGUGUGUAAAUAGUUUUGACUACUACUUAGAUGUACUUUCGUUUUAUGUGUAUACACAUGUUGACUAUUACCAGAGAUGUACUUUCGUUGUAUGUGUAUACCCAUGUUUGACUAUUACCAGAGAUGUACUUUCGUUGUAUGUGUAUACCCAUGUUUGACUAUU